AAUGAAGUAUUUUUGUGUGUUGGUUUUAGCGUGCUUAGUUCAAAACAUUUACGCCAGCCCUGCAUUCUUAACACCAUGCAAGGCCAGUGACAAGAAAUGCUUGGUAUCCAGCACAAAGAAGGUUCUCGCGGCUUUUAUCAAGGGUCUCCCUGAGUACAAAAUCCCUGUGACCGACCCCCUGUUUGUCGAUGGUGGCAAGUCCGACAACCCUGGACUUAGCAUUAAAUACAAUGACCUGAACAUCCAUGGACUGAAAAAGGCCAAGAUCGUUGAUGUCGAGCGUUCCGGCUCUGACAUCAAGUUGGUUUUCGAGCUACCUCUAGUCUUCGACGGUCUCUACGAAUUGAACGGAAAAAUGCUUAUCUUGGACGUUACAGGAAAGGGCAAUGUUGACAUCAAAACAGACAAUGUCAAACUGACUGUCACUUUGAAGACUACCACCACGAAGGGUGCUGACGGCAAGACCUACUGGAAGGUCACCGGCUUCGACUACAAAUAUGACUUCAUUGACAAAGUCCACAUCAAGCUGUCCGGUCUUUUCGGAGGAAACGAAGAGCGGGCCAAACCCAUCCACGACAUGCUCGACAACAGCUGGAAGGAGGUCAUCGAAGAGCUCGGAGAUCCCAUCAUCAAGCAGCUUCUCAGCGUCUGCGUCAAAUACGUCAACAACUUCUUCAGCAAAGUCCCCGUUUCCGAGCUCGAGUUGGCUUAAACUCGU